AUGAAACUGCACGUUUCUAGUUAGAACUUAAAUACACUAAAUAAAAAGGAAUAUCACAUCCCCUGUUAAGGUAUAAUAUCUGCUAUACGAGAUGGAGUUUUGAACAUGGUUGAUACUUAUGGUGAGGAGUCCUGUCCUCACAAGUGUUCAGGAUGUGUGACUGAUAAAGGUCACAUUGCUCUCACCUUCAGUAUUCUAGUCGUCUGUGCGGGAUCUGUGUCAAUGUUUGCAGUGAGUUCUGAUAACAAACAUUCCCAGAGUGCAGGUAAAUACCUCUUGUCGAUAGGUCUGUUCGCCUUCAGUGGAGGCUUUACUAACUGGAUAGCCAUACAGAUGUUAUUUUACAAAAUUCCUUUAAUCUACGGGAGUGGUGUCCUAAGGCGAAGAUAUAAAGCCAUAAGGUGUGCGAUGAAAGAUAUGAUCCUGGGUACAUUCUUCCAGCCGGAGUUUCUCAACAAGUACAUUCCACAGAAAUUGAGGGAGGCAGCAGCUGAAGCAGACGUAGAAAACAAGAUAAAUCUCUUCCUAAACACAGAAACAGGGCAGAAGAUAAUUGAGGAUAAGAUUGAUCAGAUAUCAGCAUCACCCGAGGGGCAGCUCGUUGAAUCUAUGGAUAUAAACGUUGGUACGUUCAAGCCGUUGAUAAAACCAGUAAUAGUUUCAUUCCUGUCUGACCUUGGGCCGAGCGUGUUAAAUCAUCUUAUAGAACCUGACAAUGGAGCACUGAACCUGGACAAGUUACGAGAUGAACUCAACAGGUACAUGUGCGAGCGGAUGCUGGAAGUAACUCCACAGAUGAUCCAGGACAUCAUGUACACCGUGGUCCUGCAGUACUUGGGCUGGCUGAUCGUAUGGGGUUGUGUAUUUGGGGGUGUUAUGGGGGUUAUUUGUCAAGCCAUUAAACUUACUCCUGACUAUGAGAAUUGGGCCAACUAGUGUUGCUGUGGGUUUUAUUGGUGUUGUUAAUGGCCAGGCUUUACACCUCAGACUGUGAUAAAUGUGCCGAGUGUUUGUUGGUUUUGUUAUUAACUGUCAGGCACAUUUGCCUAGUGUGAACAUUGGGAUUUUUCUGCGGGAUGAAUUUUUCUACGGUUUUUUAUGAGGGUUAAAUGAGGAGGGGUACCUGUUAAAAGUUCAAGAAACUUCCUAGAUAUGCCAAAGGAUGUAUCAGGCUUUACUGUGUGAGGCACUAUGUUCCACAGCUUCAGUGCAUACUGUAAACAUAGUACUAUUAACUAUUAUAAAAACUAUCAGUUUCUCAGCAUGCGCUAAUAAUCUGCCCGUGUUUCUCAUAGAACAAUGCAAAACAUCAGUGUCCUCCUUCACUACAUGAACAUCCCUUCUC